AAGAAGAAGAAAAUGGGUGAUGGGUAAAUCAAAAAGGAAAAAAAGAAAAAAUUUUGCUGCUCAAUCCCAAAUGGGUGCUUGCGAUUUUGGAAGAAGAAUAUCCCGAGAGCAUGUCAACGAGUUGUGUGUUCUCACGGAGCAAAGUUUUUCCCCAGUAUAAAAGCAAGCUGUUUAAGAGAGAACAAAAAAUUGAAAAAUUCUUUGGAAUCGGAAAAAACUCUCUCCUCUAAAAGAUGGCUUUUAUGCCCCAUUUUGAAGAGAUGAUUCCGAGUCCUUCUCCCACCGUUGCUUUUUUUGAUCUCCGCCUCAGCAGAUUCCCUCCAUUUUUUAUUUUUUAUUUUUCUCUUCAUUGCUUUCCCAAGCCAAGAAUCUCUCUAUCACUUCCCUUUCUCUCUUACAGAUUCUCUCUUCUCUCUACUGCUUCUUUUAACGAUGCCUUAUGCAAUGUUCUUCAAUCCCUUUAUUUCCAAGCCGUUAUUUCUCCUUCUUCUCUCUCUGGGUCUGGGCCCUUUUCGAUUUGAGGCCCCUUUUUCGUCCGGACGAUAUUCCGGCGAUUGCUCUUACAAAUUUCCCUUUUAUUGGUUUCCAUGGCUCCUUCAGGUGUCAAUCAUCUUUCUCACCCUUGCAUUUCUGGGGAUUUUGCUUCCUCCCACGCAGAGAAAAAAUCUGGGUGGAUGAAAUGGUUGAGCAGGAUUUUCCGGCCCGGAGCCAACCGCGGGGGAGGCGGCAGCCGCCAUCCGCAGCAGCUUGUUGGUGAUCAGGAAAACAUGUUCCGGAGAGCGCCGGCGAGAUCAUCGGAGGAUCCUUCUCGAGCUCAGAAGGAGAAAGAAGAACUAGACCAUGCCAUUGCACUCUCCUUGGCUGAAGAUUUGAAACGACGAAAUCGGUAUCGACGGCGUACAGACAAUGACGAAGCAAUUGCUAGAGAACUGCAGGAUAAGAUGAACCUAUCUCCUUAUCCUUCUGUGGCCCCUCCGCAGUACCAUCCUGGUGACUAUAGUUGCAGAUAUUGUGGUGGCUGCAAUCGUGCAAUUGGCUAUGGCAAUUAUUUGGGAUGCAUGGGCACCUACUUCCAUCCGAGUUGCUUCCGUUGUCGUUCUUGCGGUUAUCCUAUUACYGAGCACGAGUUUUCAUUGUCUGGGAAAGAUCCAUAUCACAAGUCCUGUUUCAAAGAGCUGACCCAUCCAAAGUGUGAAGUCUGCCACCAAUUUAUCCCUACGAAUCGAGCCGGUCUGAUCGAGUACAGAUGUCAUCCCUUUUGGUCCCAAAAGUAUUGUCCAUCACAUGAACAUGACAACACAGCACGUUGUUGUAGCUGCGAACGCUUGGAGUCUUGGAAUGCAAGAUACAUUUCUUUGGGAGAUGGGCGGAGUUUGUGCCUAGAAUGCAUGGAAUCUGCUAUCAUGGACACCGGGGACUGCCAACCGCUCUACCAUUCCAUCCGAGACUAUUAUGAAGGGAUGAACAUGAGGAUAGAUCAACAAAUUCCCAUGCUUCUAGUUGAAAGACAGGCGCUAAAUGAAGCUAUUGUUGGGGAGAAGCAUGGCUUCCAUCACAUGCCUGAGACUAGAGGUUUAUGCCUUUCUGAAGAGCAGACUGUCACCAGUAUUCUCAAGAGGCCAAGGAUCGGAGGGCAUCGACUGGUAGGAAUGAGAACUCAACCGCAGAAGCUGAUUCGUAGAUGUGAAGUUACAGCCAUCCUUGUUCUCUAUGGUCUCCCAAGAUUACUAACAGGUGCUAUUCUUGCCCACGAGUUGAUGCACGGCUGGUUACGGCUAAAAGGAUAUCGCAACCUUAACCCAGAGGUCGAAGAAGGUAUCUGUCAAGUGCUUUCCUACAUGUGGCUUGAAGCAGAAGUAAUGCCGGGAUUUCGAUCGGGGCCUUCGACAUCAGGCGCAUCCUCAUCUUCUUCCUCUUCCUCGUCGUACCACUCCUCUACCUCGUCAAAGAAAGGCGGUAGAUCUUCUGCUGAGAACAAACUGGGCGAGUUUUUCAUGCACCAAAUAGCGAAUGACGCCUCGGCAGCGUACGGGGAAGGAUUCAGAGCUGCAAAUUCUGCAGUGAAUAAGUAUGGCUUGCGUCGAACUCUCGACCAUAUUCGCAUGACAGGAAGUUUCCCUGUGUAAUAUAGAGAGACUUGAAACUCCCUCUUCUACGUCUGGUUUAGAGUCUAGACAGUGCUCUACGAGGAUCUGGUUCACAAGCAGUCUCUUCUCUAAUAACAUGUAUUUCUUCUUCCAACUUUGUGUUGAAAGUGUCAACUCUUUGGCUUC